GCGUCAUAAAUUAUUUUAAUUCUAAAAUAAUGUUCAAAAUGUUUUCAAUUUCCUCUAGACAAUACAUUGUUUCAUGGAAGUUGCAGUAUUGGACAUAGUAACUCUUAUCAGCUAGAGCUUAGAGAUAAUAAAUAUAGAUAAUGCUUUAUCAAUCGACGUAUCACGUGAUAUCUCGAAAGUUCCAAACUGUAAAACAUUUACAAAGUUGCUGAUGUUACAUAUUACAGACUUAACUUUAAAUAUUAGAUAUACGGUUGAUCAUUUUGUAUUGAUCGUAUACUUAAAUUUAAGUAGUAGAAGUAAUUAUAAGUUCUAUUAAUCUAAAAUGCCCACUAUAAAUAUCAAAAGAGAUUUACUUUUUGAAGCUCUUGGAAAAAUUUAUACUGAUGAUGAGUUCGAUAACUUAUGCAUUUCUUAUGGUUUAGAGUUGGAUGAAGUAACUUCUGAAAAGCAAAUGAUUUCUAAAGAGCAGUCUGAAGUAAAAUCAGAAGGUGUAUCAGAUGAUGUUAUUUAUAGAAUUGAUAUCCCAGCCAAUCGUUAUGAUUUAUUGUGUUUAGAAGGAUUAGUUGAUGCAUUGCUAGUGUUCCAAAAAAAGGUUGAACCUCCUCGUUUCCAAGUUUUGACAACUAAAAAUCCACUAAAAGUAUUUGUGAAACCGAAUACUAAACAAAUAAGACCUUUUGUCGUUGCAGCUGUGUUAAGAGAUAUAUCUUUUGAUCAAGCUCGCUAUGCUAGUUUUAUAGAUUUACAAGACAAAUUGCAUCAAAAUAUAUGUAGGAAACGAUCAUUAGUUGCUAUAGGAACACAUGAUUUAGAUACAAUUAAAGGACCAUUUACUUAUGAUGCACAACCACCUGAAAAUAUUAAAUUUCAAGCAUUAAAUCAAACUGAAGUUCAUAGUGCGGUUAAAUUGAUGGACAUAUAUUCAAACCAUGCACAAUUGAAACAGUAUUUGCCUAUAAUUAAGGAUAGUAGUGUUUAUCCAGUCAUUUAUGAUUGUAAUGGAACAGUAUUAUCUCUACCACCCAUAAUUAACGGUCAUCACUCAAGAAUAACUCUUAACACUAAGAACAUUUUCAUAGAAUGUACAGCAACAGAUUUAAAAAAAGCAAACAUUGUUUUAGAUACAAUUCUAUGUAUGUUUAGUAAAUAUUGUUUAAAUAAGUACACAGCAGAAUGUUGUGAAGUAAUAUAUUCAGAUAAUUCUGUGAGUACAUAUCCUCAAUUGAAUUAUCGUAAAGAAACUGUUAGUUGUGAAAAAAUCAACUCCUAUUUAGGAAUAAGUGAAAGUAUUGAUAACAUAACAUCAGCUUUAACAUCAAUGUGUCUUAAUUCAUCAGCACUAGUACAAUCCGAUGAGAUUUCAGUUGAAGUACCUCCAACACGUCAUGAUAUAAUUCAUGCUUGUGAUAUUUAUGAAGAUGUAGCCAUAGCUUAUGGCUACAACAAUAUUCCAAAAACUGUCCCAAAAACAAUCACUGUUGGUUCUCAACUGCCACUUAAUUCAUUAUCAGAUAAAAUAAGAAAUGAAAUAGCUCAAUGUGGUUUUAAAGAAGUUUUGACAUUUUCUUUAUGCUCCAAAGAUGAUGUAUCAGUUAAAUUGAGAAAAAAAUUUGAUGAAGAAUCAACUGUUCGUAUUAGUAAUCCAAAAACUUUAGAGUUCCAAGUUGCACGUACAAAUCUUUUAUCAGGCCUUUUAAAAACGGUUGCAGCUAACAAAAAAAUGCCAUUGCCCAUGAAAUUAUUUGAAGUAUCUGAUGUAGUACUUAAAGACAUCACAAGUGAAGUAGGAGCUCGCAAUGAACGACGUGUGUGUGCUGUGUACUAUGGUAAAACUCCUGGGUUUGAAAUAGUACAUGGUCUCAUGGAUAGGCUUAUGCAAGUUCUUGGCAUUCCAUUUAACCAAAAAUUUGGUGAUGCAUAUCAAAUAAAAUCGGCAAAUGACGAAAGUUAUUUUCCUGGUCGUUGUGCACAAAUAUAUUAUAGAGAAGUAACCAUUGGAAUAAUGGGAGUUUUACAUCCUGAAGUUCUUACUGCCUAUGAAUUAAACAUGCCAUGUUCUGCAUUUGAAAUAAAUAUUGAACCAUUUAUAAAAAAAAAAAAAAAAAAGAUAAAUACAUUUUUUAUUAUAUGUAAAUUAUAUUCACACAAAAAUAUAAUAUAAAGUGUCAUUUAUUU